GUUGCCUCGGUUAACCACUGUAGAAUCCUCUAGAAGCUUUGGCUAAAUCGUCAUAGCAACCGCCUCAACGCGAUUUGUAAUUGGCUGAAUCCUAUACGGAAGGACUAAGAUUCUUGGGGACUAGGAAGCAGCGUGUCUCGCGUGUAGUGUUAAGACGAGUAUAGCUGAGGAAUAAUGGCGACGCCGGUAGAUGAUGAAAGGUUCGAUGGCAUGUUGAUGGCAAUGGCUCAGCAACAUGAGGGUGGCGUGCAAGAGCUGGUAAACUCAUUCUUCAGCUUCUUGCGGAGGAAAACUGAUUUCUUUGUUGGCGGAGAGAGCGGAGCAGCUGAGAAGCUUAUCCGUGAUAUAUUUAAUCAACAUAACAAGCUAGCCCAGCAGGCCCGAGAAAAGAAAGAAACGGAAAUCCGAGAACGGGAGGCUGCGCAACGGGAUCGUUUAAUGAAACAGAAGACACAAGAACAAGACAAACCCAGAAUCACUGAGCUGACAGAUGAGGAGGCUGAGAAACUCCAGAAGGAAAUAGAACAGAAAAAGGCCAGAGAAACAGAGAAAGAGGAGAAGAUCUCAGAAACGGCAGAUAAGGAAUCAGAACCUAAGAAGGAUGAAGAUGAGGAAGAGGAUGAAAAAGAUAAAGGAAAGCUGAAACCUAAUUCUGGAAACGGAGUUGAUCUGCCUAACUACCGCUGGACACAAACACUCUCAGAAGUGGAUCUGAUUGUACCGUUCCCUAUUAACUUCCGACUAAAAGGUAAAGAUGUAAAUGUGGAUAUCCGGCGGCGAAGACUGACAGUGGGACUGCGGGGACAAAGCCCUAUCCUAGACGGAGAGCUGUUUAACGAGGUUAAGGUGGAAGAGUGUUCUUGGUUGAUAGAAGAUGGAAAGGUGGUCACAGUACAUCUUGAAAAGAUCAAUACAAUGGAGUGGUGGAAUCGGAUUGUUCUGACAGACCCAGAAAUAAAUACAAAGAAAAUUAAUCCAGAGAACUCCAAGCUUUCAGAUUUGGAUGGUGAAACGCGCAGUAUGGUAGAAAAAAUGAUGUAUGAUCAGCGGCAGAAAUCUAUGGGGCUCCCAACUUCAGAGGAACAGAAGAAACAGGAUAUUCUGAAAAAGUUCAUGGAGCAACAUCCUGAAAUGGACUUUUCCAAAGCAAAAUUUAGCUGAGUUUGCCUUUUACUUCACCUUAUACCUACUCUCAUGUUAAAUGUUCUGUAAAGAAGCACUGGCGGCUUCCACCUGUUCUUGUUUAUUAAAGAUGAACAAUAAGUAA